UGUGUUUACUGUUUUUAUACUUCUAUUGAUAUAUAUAUACAUGGUUUUUAACAAACUGAUAGUCUGAGUUAAUUUCCUAAAAAAUAAGUCUAUAAUUGUAAUAAUACGUGUGCUAUUAAACUUUUAUUGUUGUUUUUUUCCACACUGUCACACAUAGUUAUAAAUAAUCACUGUAAAUUUAAUCAAUUGUAUUACCCACUGUAGAAUAAUAGAAAGUAGAAAUUUGGUAUAGGAUUUUGUAAAUGCAAUUUCCCCGAACAUGACGGACUUUGAAAACACGACAUACAACUCCCCAUUAGAAGGCGAUAUACACCAACCAACACCUGAAGUUGAUGAAGAUGAUGAUGAACUGUCAACAUUAGAUGAACCUGUGAAAGAUACAGUGCUCCGAGACCUAAAAGCAGUUGGUCUAAAGUUUGUACACAUUCUCUACCCAACCAAAAACACACUCCUUCUUCGUGAUUGGGAUCUGUGGGGUCCGUUAUUGCUGUGUGUUACUAUGGCUUUCCUAAUGCAAGGUGUUCAUGAUGAUAAGACUGGAAGUUCUGGUCCACAGUUUGCUGAAGUAUUUGUAGUAGUGUGGGUGGGAGCCGCCAUUGUUACUUUGAAUUCCCAACUGCUUGGUGGAAAUAUGUGAGUUACUGGAACUUACUGCUUUGAAAAAGUGACAGUCUAGCGGCUGUACCAAAUCAAGACUAAAUUUACCCACAAUUACUUGAAAAUAGAAAGUGUCAGUUCU